GCUGCUGGACUCUACGGAACAGGCAUGGGGUGAUCCCACGUGGGGUGUCUUUGUGCAUCGCUCUGAUCCCCCCCUGACCCCUUUCUCUCUCUCCUCACCCCCCCAGGCAGCGGCAUGACCCCCGGGGGGGCCGGCUUCUCCCCCAGCGCUGCUUCAGACGCCAGCGGUUUCAGCCCCGGUUAUUCACCUGCCUGGUCACCCACUCCUGGCUCCCCUGGAUCCCCGGGGCCCUCCAGCCCCUACAUCCCCUCCCCAGGCGGGGCCAUGUCCCCCAGCUACAGCCCCACAUCACCUGCCUACGAGCCGCGCUCGCCUGGGGGCUACACCCCGCAGAGCCCCAGCUACAGCCCCACCUCUCCGAGCUACAGCCCGACAUCGCCCAGCUACAGCCCCACCAGCCCCAACUACAGCCCGACCUCGCCGAGCUACAGCCCCACUUCUCCAAGCUACAGCCCCACUUCUCCAAGUUACAGCCCCACUUCGCCCAGCUACAGCCCAACCUCGCCCAGCUACAGCCCAACCUCGCCCAGCUACAGCCCAACCUCGCCCAGUUACAGUCCAACUUCACCCAGUUACAGCCCAACCUCGCCCAGUUACAGCCCAACUUCUCCCAGUUACAGCCCAACCUCACCCAGUUACAGUCCAACUUCGCCCAGCUACAGCCCCACCAGCCCAAGCUACAGCCCGACUUCGCCCAGCUACA